CACCACCACAACCACCACCACCACUACCCCUCCGGUGUGCCCUGCGCGCCUCUAGUGUCACCACACCGCCCACGGCCCACAUAGUCUGGCUCCAUACCCCGGGCGCCCGGGCAUAUCAACCCUCACCAUUGACAACAUGGCUACCACCACAGACAACAAGACCCUCUCCAAUGAUGGAGGCCCCUCAGCCACCCUUUCAAUGAGAAUAUUAAUGCAAGGAAAGGAAGUGGGCAGCAUCAUCGAAAAAGGAGAGAUCGUCAAACGAUUCAGGGAAGAGAGCGGCGCUAAGAUCAACAUCAGCGAUGGAUCUUGCCCAGAGAGAAUCGUCACAGUCACAGGCAGUACUGACUCCAUCUUCACAGCCUUCAAGCUCAUCUGUGCCAAAUUCGAAGAGUUCUUGGGGCAAAUGUAUCAGAACAAUGGCAGUGGACAGCGUCCACCCAUUACCUUACGGUUGAUUGUCCCCGCAUCCCAAUGUGGUUCACUCAUUGGCAAGGCUGGCUCAAAAAUAAAAGAAAUCCGUGAAGUAACAGGAGCAUCCAUUCAAGUUGCAUCAGAAAUGCUUCCCAAUUCAACAGAACGUGCAGUCACUGUCUCUGGCACAUCAGAUGCUAUUACUCAGUGCAUUUACAAUAUUUGCUGUGUAAUGCUUGAGUCCCCUCCCAAAGGCGCCACGAUCCCUUACCGCCCCAAACCCCAGGUCGCCGGUGGGCCGGUGAUCCUUGCCGGCGGCCAGGCCUAUACUAUCCAGGGUAAUUACGCUGUUCCCUCGGCGCCCGAUGUAAGUACCGUUCCCUUUGUUCCCCCACCACCACCUGGGGGGCCCCACGGCCCCUUCAUGGCGGCCCCCCUCAGUCCCCUCCUGGCCCCAUGUCCCGUCUCCACGGCGCCCUCCCCAGGCCCCCCACACCAUGGCGCCAUCAUGACGCCUGCAGGCCACCAUCCGUGUCCUGCAGGGCACAUGCAGAUCUCAACCCCGGGCCAUCCGCCGGGCCAUCCCCCAGGUCACCCACCUGAACACAUGAAGAACGGCCAUAUCGGUAUUAUGCAACAACCACAACUCCAUCACCUGCAGGAUGUGUCAAAAUUGGGCAACUCUCCACUAGCAGGGCUGCUGGGUCUAGGUAACCUUGCUGGCGGCGGCGGCAUGAAUCCCUCCGGUAACACAGCUGAUGCUCUGGCAGCACUAGCAGGAUCUCAGUUAAGGUCUCCCGCUGGCUCUGGACCAGGAACACAAACUCAUGAGAUGACAGUACCUAAUGAACUCAUAGGCUGCAUCAUUGGCAAGGGUGGUACCAAGAUUGCUGAAAUCAGGCAAAUAACUGGUGCCAUGAUUACUAUUAGUAAAUAUGAUGAUGGUUCAGAAGAAGCCAGUAAGCAAGACCGAACAAUAAGCAUCAAGGGGAAUGCAGAUCAGGUGGCUCUUGCGCAAUAUCUCAUCAACACCAGCAUGGAACUGCACAAGGCGCAGCUUGAAGUAAGUAAGGGCGGGUCGGGGUCGACCGGGUCGGGAGGGCUGAGCCCCAGUGCCAUCCCCCUGGCCCAACUGCUCAAGAACCCGCAAGCCCUGAGCGCCUUGUCCUCCCUGACCGGCCUACAGGGUCUGUCUUCCCUCACCUCCCUGCUCGCCCCAGACUCCUCCCAUGGCCUGGCCGGUUUUGCGGCUGCCCAGAGGCACAACAAGGCCUACCAACCCAAGCUCCGCGCCCCAGCCUCCGCCCACCAGCCCACUAAUGGCACUCCCAAGUCUGAGAACAAGCGCAGCAAGUUCGCACCUUACUAGACCUCAUCCUCUCCCACGGGGCCCCGGUCCUCUCCGGACGCAGAGCGUCCUCAUCCUCUACUCCUGAUGAACCCCGUGGUGCCCCCCACCAUCAUCCAUGGGGCUUUAAAAAUAAAAAAUAUUCCUGUGUGUAGGCUUGCCUCUGUUCUGCCAGUCAAGUACCUUCGGACAUAUCAUCACUACCUGCUAAUGGUGUGUUUUCAUGGUACUAUCAUGUCAUGUUGUAGGGCUGGGGUAUGUCUUACAUUUCAGAUUUGAAUAGGCCAUACUACUUGCUCCAUAUCACCAGUUAUAGAAUCAGGGGUAGUAUAGUCUUCAGCAGGUAUAAUUCUACAACUGAGAACUGUGGUAUAUGUGUUGCAAGUAGUAUUUAUUUGUCAGAUGGUCACUAUCAAUAGGUCAGCAGCUGCUUGUUAUACAAGGUGGUCUUUGUUGGCCGAGUCCAGCCCAAGACAACCUGCCACCUCUCAACUAAACAUAUCAGUUAGGACAAUUGAUUAUUGUUUUCUUGUUUUUAUACAGUAAUUGCAUCAAGCAGAGGAACUGAAAGCAUAUUGCAUUGUCACAACAUUAAUAGUUUUCUUGUAAACGUCGUGCAUGGUAAUGUCAGUAUUGGUUCAUCUGGUGACAGUCUCAGAAAUGUGUAAUUAAUGCAAAUGUGUUAAUUUAAAAAAGUAACCUGAUUGUAAAUAUGACUAUUUAGGGUAUGGUCAGUGACCGACCAUUCAGGUGCCCAAGAGUGAAAGCAGUGCAGGUUAUAGGAAACUGGGCACUGUGACCAGAUCACCGCCUCUCAAUAUUUUUAGCAUUGCAGCGCUGAGCACGUGUGCCGUAGUUGCUCGGUUUAGUCAUUUUAGGAUGGCAUUAAUAUUACAUAAUUAAUGUAUUAAGUACAGUAAUUGAAAAGUAUGUGGGUACAAAACUCAUAUUUUUUUUUCUCAUAUUGUAUGGAUUGUACAGUUUUUCUAUAAGUUACUUGUCUCCUUAGAAGUACAGUAGUACUGGUGUUCAAUCGUAAGCUCAACAUGUGAAUGUUAUCUUCCACUAGAUAUUAAACAAUUGUAAAGUUUGAGGAAGAUUAAGCCUUUCAUUACAUCCUAUCCUGACCUACCCCGUGGUGAUCCCUACAACCUUCCUACAACCACCACCACACCACCACCACUAUUGCGGUGCUGCCUGCCGCCUCAACAUUUCCUGGCUGGUUAGAUGGCACCCUUCUGCAACAAAGUCAUUUUAACAAUUAAGCCCCCCCACAAAAUUUAGUAAAUGGACAAGGAUUUUUUCUUAUAGUAAAAGUGUGUUGUAGAAGGGAGUCACAAGAUGUAACCUAAAACUGAUGUAAUACUAGGGGACACAUUUGUGCGGCUGAAAACAAGGCACACAAUGAUCAUCACUGCGAGAUCUCCACUUCAAAUACAAUUAGGAUAGCAAUGGAGACAGCUGGACUAGGCAUGGCGGGCGUGGGUUACCAGUACGUAGCACCCAACCACAUCGUGCGAGCCCCUAUCCACUGAUGCGACCAGCCUCUAGCAUCUCUGCCGCCCUAUACCGCAGGGGUCCCAGCCUAACCCCAUCCCAGGAGCGGCCAUAGCACAGCUGGCCACCAGUGGCCAAGCCUCCCACGCAGCACCCGGUGUUUGGUCAAGCAUUCAACAGUGCCACCAGUUUACUGCGCCUCUCACCACCACCACCACCACCACCACAGCCACACCACCACCACCACCACUUAUCUUCACCACUCCAGCCAGCAAUUCAUUCUAAACUUCUUCAUCAUCAACUUCUUAUGAAAAGUAAUCAAGUUAAUACUGUAUACUGUAUGUGUUGUGAUGCUAGUGAUUAUGUCGAUAAGCAUUUCCCAGUGACAAUGUGCUGAUUGAGGUAGCAGGUGCCAAGCUGGUCAUGGUGGUGGUGUUGGUUGCAAUUCUUUCCUGGUGACAAGUGGUGGAGGGGCAGGUCGGCCAUGGUGGGCGUGGCUGGGAAACGCCCCAGAGCGGCCCAAUAGUAGUCAGUGACACAUACCGCAACAUAUACAUUUCACUCUUCUCUUGGUGUCAGCGGGGCCCGGCCAGCAGCACACAGCUGCUGCUGCUGCUGUUGCUGCUGCUGUUGGUUAGAAGUUAGGAAGAAGAAGAAGAGCUGUGGGUCGGUUCCCGCCGUAUUGUGUAGCUCAGUGUACAACAUUUUCAGUUAAUCCCCCCAGGGCGGCCGCUACUCCCCACCUUGCCUGACCCCCUGCGCCAACCUUGUUUGCUCAAGCAUCGUCACCAUCAGAAUGCUCCAGCUGAAACCAGAAAUGUGACUGUGAUAACUGAAGUAUUGUAUACAUGCAUACCAUUUUAUACUCUUUGACUGGAUCACUUGAUAUAGAGGCUAACACGUGGAAAAGGCUUGAUAAUAUUUUAGUCGAUUAACUGAAAAUGAUAUUUUUAUGAAUACUCCACCUUCAGUAUAUGACUGAUCAAUCAUAUAGUUGAGCUUAUCUCUAGUUUUAGAAUAAUGUAAUGACAAAGAAAUAGUUAUCUACUGCUAUGUAUACAUAGAGGUGUUGUUCUGUAGAUACACUCUGAAUUUUAUAAUCUUAUCUACAAGUUCUUGGAUGCAUCAUCAGAUAGUAAAUGUCAGUAAAUAUUUAAUAAUAUUUCUAUCUCAAAGCUUUAGAUGUUUCCUAGAAUUGAAAGUAUUUUCUUAUGCUUCCUUCUAACCUUCAUGAAAUGAAGCUACCAUUGGCUUCCACAGGGUUUUGUAAAAGACAUAUUACAGUAUCAUCAUACGUCGUAGGGCUUUAUAAGCAUUUACAUUUUAGUCCCAUGUACUGUCUAGUUGUGAGAGGCUGUUAAAGCUUCAAGUCUAGUCGAAUGUGUGCCAAGCAUUUAUUUAUUGUUUUCAUAUGGCAUGUCAUUGAUUUUUAAUCAUAUUGUAGUAUAUGGUGAUAAAACACGUUUUAAUUACUGUUAAGGUAUAUUGCCACAAUGUUUAGUAUUAGACAACGUAAAGUUUCUAUGAGACCCUAACCCCCAAUACCAGAAGUUGACCAACUAGUGUGUUCUGCCACUCGGCCGCGCUUCACACACCUCUUGUCUGCCUCAGACGUGUAGAGGUCUCCAUCAGACCCCCAAGUCAGGAGCAGUAGACACACCCGACACCUUACUGCCCAUAUUACUCUAAUACAAAUUUGAAGUUUUGAUCAUUCAUAGUUUCAGUACAGCCAUUCAAAUUUACAUGUGUUUAUGACAUAAUCACAAUGCUAAGUUAGGGAAGACAGGAAAUUAUACUUAAUCCUUGAUAAUCUAUUACUGUUAUUUAUAUCAUACCGAAGGUAUCCUAAAACAAAAGCUAAUUUGUAUGUCUACAUAUAUUAAAUUUGCUUUGCAUUUGUGUGUGUAUGUAUAUAUAUUACUUAUAUAUAUUUACGUAUAUACAAUGUACUUUACAUACACACACUACUAUAUAUAUACAAUAUAUAUAUGAUGCAUAUCUAUAUGUAUUUAGUAUGUCAUGUUAGAAACUGUGUACAGUAUAUUGUUGAUUUGAUUUGACAGCUCAUUAGUAAACAGCAAAGAAAUUCUAAAUGUCAUGGGCAGAAAGGACUGUCGAUGGAGAAUCGUGGCGGGGCGUGUCCAGCCCCUCCCCUCUUAGUCUCACUAGCUGCACCAGGACCCUUUAGGACACCUCUAGGACCCUCAAAAAUCACGACAAGUGCCAGGGCACUGUCGUGAGUGCAGCGUACAGCCGCUGCCCCAGCCAUUCCAUUUGAGACUGGCGAAUGCUGUCGUCAUGCCCGGUGCAGUGGCGCAGCUUAACCUCUCAUCUAUUGUUUAAUUCAUAAAUAAAGUAAAUUAUAGUCAAGGAGCUGUGAAUUUGCAUUGCUCAGUUACGUGAUUUGAAUUAGUAUCUAAACUUUACUGAGCGUGACGCAGUAGAACAAAACUAAAAGGAUAUUUUUUUUUAAGAUUCAAGAACCAACAAAUUACAAAGGUUUUGGUGUCGAAAGUGUAGUGUGCAUGGUGGGCGUGGCCUUCCUAUGUCUCGAUAUGGCUACUUGAAUGGGUAUUAGAAAAAAUGUGGUAUGACACUGAGAGUCCUAUCUUUUAAUAUGCCAUUGCAGCUAGCUACUGAUUUGUGCAGGGCAAAGCCUGGGAAGAACCUCACCCUCCAUACAUACAUACAUUCAUAUUUACAUACACAUCUCUGAAGGCGAGUAUUUUUAAAUCACCUCCUUGAACAUCUUGGGAGAGCGUAACCAAGAACAAGUACAUACUCGCUGAUUCACUAUAGCAACUAUUUGAUACAGAGUAGCCAUGCAUUGCAUAUGCUUUUUUAUGAUUUUUGCUAGGGCUGUGGAUGGUUGAUAUAGCAAUAUCUGACUAAUUUGUAUAUGCAUAUGAAUCGGUGUAAUGAGUCUUUCUGUUGCGCACGUGUCUUAUUGUUAAUUUGUUAUACAGAUGGUUAGGUCUUAAAGUUGCCGUCGGGUAGGGAGUGGCAUCACUGCCAUGUUUGGCCCUUGUGAUACCUGACGCGCACAGAUGCAGUAAUAGGGCCUUGGCUUACUAGCGAUAGUGCUCACCUUAAUUAUGCUACACCUGGCAGUUAACCCUCACUCACUUCAUAUGUGUUUGUUGCUUUCUACAAAUGGUUUGCAAAAAAUAAAAAAAGAAAAUCUCAGGGCAUAUAACCAAAUCUAUUUUUGUUUUAUUUUUGGUUACUCCAUGUAUUAGGCCCAUUCGUGGAAUAGCGGGAGAUAACCUGGAUGGUGGGGAACCCUUGUGGAUGGUGGUGAGAGAAGCUGCCUUUUAUAAAAUGGCACCCUCUACCUAGGACCAUGCCUCCCCCCCCCUCCCAACCUCCAGGGACCACUUAAUAAAAGGUUAAGGCUCAUUCGCAUCGCUUGCAGCUACGACUGCUUGUAACCAGACAAUCCAAGUAAACUCUAAAGGUGCCUCGAGCCAUUGUAACAAACUUAACUGCCACAUUGGGGUAUACCAGAAUUUGAGGGCUGGGCUAGUCCCUACCCCUUUAUCCCUCUGGACAGACCCUCUCACCCCAUCCCUAAGGCACCACCACCGUCGCCGCUUUGACCUAAACACCCGACCCAUCACCUGACCUGCCCUGACCUGACCUGACCUGACCUGCAGCUCACUACAUCCCUCUUGCUCUCAGUAUUUGCCUUAUAUGAAACUGAACAGGGUCGAGCAGUGUAUUACAAUAGAAAUGUGUACACUUAAUAUCAUAUGUCUUUCAGUACUGUUUUCGGCGACGUUGUUUUAUACUGUUUUCUCGUACGGUAUCUACUUCUGACGCCUGAAUUUGUGUCCACGCAGCAGUGAGGUGAGCUGCUGGUGACACUGUUCACUGGUCCUACAAUGACCCCAAGGCUACUGUUACCUGGCUCUCUCACACAUUUGAUCUCCUAGGCUAAAGUGCCACCACACCUGGGAGCCAGCUAUAGCAUUAGGUUUGGGUGAUACAGCCAGCCUUAGCACCAUCGCUAGUCAGCUAGUUACCAUUCAUAAAUUAUAUAUUAUAUGAUGGAAUGCUAAGGCUCGGUGAAAGGCAGCCCAUUUUGCGAUGAAGUAGGAUCAGUGCGCCAGUGCCACUUGCAGGCACAGCAUGUGGGCCACACCUCUCGGUGAAUAUCUUCAGCGUUAGCAUUACAGCUAGUCAGUGCAGGAGAGGUUACUUGUACUUUACAGGGGGAUCGUGUAUUAGGCACAGAUUUACAUAUCAUUGUUCUUCACGUGUCACUAUGUUCGCGUGUAGUUUACUAGUUGUAUGCGUGGCAUUGCUUUGCCCCCAUAUGGAAACUAACAGUAUUACUUAAGUGCCAAUUAUAUAAUAUGUUAACCUAGUGCCAAGUUAUUGCCAAAUCUUGCACUAACAGCAUUGAUAAAAUGCUGGGUGCGCUAGUUUGUCCAUGUUUGGGGAGAGUGUGCCACGAGUGCCAGGCAGCCUCUCAGGGCUCGCUUACUGUAUGAGCUUAGUUUAAACAUCCAUAUCAUAUCAUGUGGGUACUGUCUGAGCCAUACAGGCUUGGGUUAGGGUAUGUGUUUCCUCUAGGCCUUCCAUAAGAUUCCCACAGUGUGGGAUGGUGGCCGACAGAGGAGUGACCUGGAGCUGACUCUACUGCGCAGUUCCUUGCAAGGCAAAGGGCUGUUCUUUUAGAGAGGACUAGUACAAUCAGAGGAUAGUGAAAUGCCUCAUUAACACAAACAGCUCUAACCAGCCCUGACUGGCUCCCUGACACAUUCGCCAUCUUUACUGAGAAAAGUGUUUCACAGUUUUAAUGUUAUGGCAAUAAAUAUUUGAAGGAUGUAAGCAGUUAAUGAUUUUUUUAUUGAUUGUGCAUAUGUGUCUGUCUGACACAAGUAUUGUUUGAGUUUCAAUAAAUCUUCAAACAAAAAGUACUAAA